AUGGUCGACUUCGUUGCAAUCAAACAAUCGGACAUUGUAUGUUGCUAUUUUUUUAUUUUCUUUGUUUCUUGCCAUUCUACCAUUUUUUUUUCUAUUGUUCAAUAGUAAAACUCUCAAUGAAAAUGUUUCUUAUACAGUAGCAAAUACGGCGGAGUAAUGUUUUUUUCGGUUUUCGUCUAUGAAUUUGUCAAAAAAAUAAUUAUAUUGAGCUGAAGUAUUAACCAAAUAAGUAAACUGGUGUUAUUGACAAUUUUUAAACAAUGUUUUGAACCACAUCCAAAAAAAUUCAAAACUUUUUAUCAUUUUGAAUAUUCAUCAAAAAUAGAGAACAAUUAACAAAUAACAACUCAUUUUUCGCCACUUUGCCACUGUUUUUUUAAAUUCUUAGAAAGAUCUCAUUUUUUUAACUUGAAAAAAAUUGAGAUUUCGAAUAAGAAAAACAACAAAAAAAUGAGCAGAGAUCAACUUAGAACUAUAUUGAUUUUUGAUUAUUAAGUCAUUCAGCAAUGCUAAAUUGAGGAAAGUCAGAAUUAUAUUUUUGAAAAAAACUAAACGUUUUGAAGUUAGUUUUUCAAAUUUUUUUAUUCAGGUCGAAUUUUAACUAUGAGAUAAUCAUAGCGUGAAUGGUUCAAUUGCGACUCUCUUUCAAAUUUUUGGAUUGCGCGAUUCAACUGGGAAUGUUUGAUUUUCUUCCAGUGAUUUUGACGGAAUUUCUCUUCAGCUUGCUUAUAAAAGUGUGAGGUACAUCUUUUUGGCUCUACACUGUUUAUUAGAAAUUCGGCCGUUUUGCUAAAAAAAAAAGAUGUUUGGAUGUACUAAUACAAAAUUUCAUCACCGAUCAGGAAAGACACAAGGCGCACUUUUUCCCAACCUUACUGUUACUUUACGAAAAAAACCUUCUGGGGUUCAUGACCCAGAUCGAGACAAAGUAAUGCAGAAAACUAUGAAAAAAAUCCCGCAUCAGUUUUUUUUUGCAGACUUCAUCCUUCGAACCAGUUUCUGUGCUAGUGAAUUUUUUUUGUUGAAGAAAUUGAGAACCAUUUGAUUGACGAAAGGCGUUGGAGCUUCUCUCUGCAAUAAUUACCCCAGAAAAAAGACUAGCUGCAGGCUACUUUUCAUUAGAAAGAUUUCGUUUUAAUUCUUCAUUAGUUUCAUAAGUGCUGGUUAUUCAAUGAUUCAAUAGUCCAUCUUUUAAAAAGAGCCACCUGCUGAAUAUACUACCUUCUAACAUCCUGUUUUUCAAUUUUUGAUUGUUUCUAUCAAUUUUAUAUCAGAAUUUUUCAACUGUUUUUUUCAGUUCAGUUUUUAUUUGUAAAGGCUUGUGUGAACUUUUUCCCCAAAAACUUUUCUACUCAAUAAUUUUUUAUUGUUUUUCUUUCUUUGUUAUUUUUGUUUUUAUUAAUAAAUUUUUGAUGAAUAGUGAUUUUUUUAUUUGUUCAAAGUUUAUCUACGUAUGAACUAUUUUUUUAUUUAUUACCCUCUUAACUGAGAGAAAAAUCUUCCAGGAUGGACCAAAAAAAGCUGAUCCUCCUCCAAAUGAACCGGGUAAGUGAAAAAAAGCUGGGAAGUCAUAUAUAAAGAAUAAUUUAGAUCCGAAAGACUGGGAGAAGUUUGACGAGCUACCUCUUCAUGAUCCUUUGAACGAGAAGCCUGUGUGAGAUUUUUCCAAUUUUCUUUUCUUUCAAUAAAUUCUUCUGCAGUUCUACAAUUGUUCCUGCCGUGGAAAGUAUUUCAAUACACAACAGUAUUAAAGUUGCUAGGGACGAUUCUACAAAAAUAAGAGAAAGCGCAAAAAUUCUACUGGGUGGGAUGACUUUCCAUAAUUUUUUUUUGACGUUUUCUUCAGAUCCUUCACAUUUACAACGUGCUGCUUCAUUAAUCAGUCCACCAAGCAUCAUCGCGUGUCCUAUAAAUGGUAAGUCCAACUUAUUUUGGAAAAAAAAUGGCGAAUUUGGUUGGCAUAGAUGGUCAUUUUACAUAAAGCAAACGAAAAAUGUUAAACUUGCAACUGGCACCAUUUUUUUUUCACUUUUCAAUGAAAAAUUACAAAAAAAUCCGGUUCACAGAAAAUAUUAAAAUUUCUUGAAGCUUUUUUUUGAGAAUUAAAUUUUCAUCAAAAAAUAGGAAAACUGCGGAUUGAGGUCAUCUGGAUUUUUAACUGGCUUUUCAAAGAGCAAUUGAACGUAUUUUUGAGAGCUCUGAAAUAAGGAAUGAGGUAAACUUUUACACAUUUCGAUCACAUAAUUUUGACGAGGGAAGUGUGUGAGAUAAGCAUUGCAGGUAUGGUCAAAACUUCUAUGGUAGCUAGUCCCAGGUAUGAUUAUUCGAAAACAAAAAAAUAAUUAUCUGAAAACAAAAAUUGCUCUGUGCAAAUAUUUAUUUUUGAUUUUUUUGAGUACUCAUACCUAAGAAUGUCUAACAAAGAAAAUUUUAUCAGAUCUGCGAUGAUUACCUCACACGCUUUCCUUGUGAGAAAAAACAAAAGAAAUUAUUGAAAAAAAAAACACCUGAGCGAACAGGGAGCACUUUUCUCUGAGAGCAUGAGAAGAUUUGAAAAAUUAAAAAUGAACCACGUUUUCAGUGAACGGAAAAAUACUGGCAACGGUUUACCCAGAAAAUUUGACGUGUGACUGGGUAACGCCACCGAACUAUGAUUCUCAUAGUAUGCCAUCCAUAUUGGCUAUAGACGAACCCACGGUUUGUCACAACAGCUCGAUAAAAAUUCAACUAUGUUUCAGUUACCUCCAGAGGACUUCAUCUCAGCGAUGAAGGCGAUCAUUGAGGAUAUUCGUUUCAAAAUGUGAGUAGAAAUGAUUAAAAGCAUCAUUACGUUUUUAAUUGAAGGUACUGCACCAUUUACUCUCGAAUGAUUGGAAUUUGGAUGGCGGUGUCGAUUUUAAUUCUUAUAGCUGUGCUUUUAUCUCAGUCGCGCGGAGGUUGGCCUGUAAUGAUAUUUUGUCUCGUUUGGACGGUGGUUUUGUUUGUCGGAAUCUAUGUUUGUGCAGUGCUUCGCAAAAAGGUUUGCAGUUUUAACUAAAGCAUUUUGUUUCGCAUUUCGUAAAAAAUCUAUUAUCCAGUUGUCUGGAAAUAAAUUAAAAUUAAAGCUCUUGAAAAACCCAACCUACACAGCUUCCUAAUUUUUGAACGAGGGCACUCCAAAGUCAAACAAACCUUUUGAAAUUUAUUGAAACAAGCUAGUUCGGGGCGUUGAACUUUUAUAUCUUCGAAACUGUGCAGGUUGAGACUUUCAGAAUCUCGAUACUUCAUAUUAAAGAGUGUUCUGGCCAAAAUUUCAGGAAAUUUUCAACUACAAAUAAAAAUGGCUUUCCUCGUGAGAAUUCUCAAUCUCAACCAUCAAAGAAUUUUUUUAGGCAAAUUUACAAAAUUUUAAGCUUGUGACUCAAAUAGGAAAUAAAAAAAAUUGUUAAAACUGGUUCCAGAUAAGAGUUGGCGUGAGGCAUUGCGUGGAAGGCGCUAAUAAGGUCCUUCUUCGACAUCAUUUGCUGAUCGGCGUUGAGGAUAAAGGCCAGUUAAGCUGUCACAAAGUCACUGUGCGAAAAUCUUUUUUAUAUGUCUAAAAAAUUAUUAUUCAGCUUCAUUUCAUGCGGUUCAACAUCGUGGAAUGUAUGGCUGAUGUAGCUCGACAAGUUAGAAUCAACAGAACUGGCGGGUGUAUUUUUGGCAGUUCACCAGACCAAAUAUCAACAGAGGAGGUCAUUUAAAAAAGAAAAUGUUUUUUAAACCUCCACUUUAGGCUGACAAGGAAGCUUACGAACUUGUGUUGAAAUACGCCCAAGAUUUCGUGAAGUCUACGGUUAAGGUAAAUAAAACUGACGUUGGUUAAAAUCAAUUACUGAUUUCCAGCAUAGAAACGUUUUCCCCACAAAACCGACCCAUGGAACUUCCGACUAUACCCCAAAACACUGCAAAAGUCAACUCUGCUUGUGUCAGUUCAUCGAUGAGGUUUUUUAAUUCAAAACAGGGAGAAAGAGACGCAAAUUUUUAGAAAUUCUUCCGGGCCAAGCCGAAGAAAUGGUACGAAAAGUACGUGUGAGCUACUGUAUGUUUCCCGCUUUUAGUGACUGAUUUUCGGUAAAUUCGCUUGUUUCAGACUACUUUUCCUCUGCAACGCCCCUGUCAUUGAUACAUCACCUGUCUUCAGCUAUGUCGUUUAA